CUGACAUAAUUUUUCUCAGAGGUCAUGAAUUAAUUUGCAAUUCCAAACUUUCACGAAUCGUAUCCUUUCCAGUUAGCUAAAGAAUGCUGUUUCAUUUGCAAACUCUAAGUUUUGAUGAGUGUUUUAACAGUAAUUUUACUGCAGUGGGUAUUUGCUUCAUGGCUCCACAUGGAAACAAACAUUCACUACAUAAUUGUUGCUGUUUUAGGGUAGCAGCUGAAUGGAUACUACGUUGUGGAGGAGCUGUCAAAUUUAAGAAUUUUGAAAAAUGGAUCCAGAACUAUAAUGCCAUACCAGAUGGGCCCAAGGGGAAGUUUUUUCUUGAAGCAAUCAGUGCUAAAGGAAUAAGUGUAACCACUGGAGGUCUUCAGCACCUUGGUAUUACUACUAUUACUAUACAGGGCGCCAAUGCGACUAAAUUUUUCACUUUGGCGGCCAAAUCCUAAAAAGUAGUCGCCAAAUUGGCGACUAGAAUGUUUCAUCAUAACCUUACCCAGAGAUAUAGUGAAUUAAAAAGAUUUGCAAAGAAAAAUCCGCGGCAAACUUCCUCGUUAAGUUUGUUUCCAAAACGCAGCACAUGCAUCUCGAUCGAUAACUAGACGCCAUCUUGGAUUUAGCUGAGCUUAAACGUUGCAUAUCAUCCAUCCGAGUGUCCACUUUGUAGCACGUUAAAUAUCUAUUCCCUGACUUAAUUUCUAGAACGAUGACAGCGUAAAAAAGGUUUUGUUUGUCUUAGAAAUGGCGAAAAAUAUUUUUUGAAUUGGCUACCACUUUGAACAAUUUAGGAGCCAAGUGGCUAUCAGAAAAAGAAUUAAUUUCACGCCCUGUACUUGUAUAUAAAUUCAACCCCUUUAAUUUGUUAACACCUUUUUUUAACCCUUUCACCCCUAAGGGUGAUUGGUAUCUAACUUCUCCUUACAAUACCUCCCAUAAAUCACACAUUAAGGUCACAAGGACAAAGGAUAUGAUCACCAAAUGGAGAAGCUCAAGAUCAUUGAUUAAUUUCUCCUAGUGAGCACCUUAGGAAAUGUAUAAAGAACUGUAUGGAGAAUAUGUACCCUGAUGUUAGGAUGUAAAGGGUUAUUCUUAAAAGCCUAGUGGCUAUUAUUGCCACAGAGGCUUUAUCUUAGUCUCAGGGACGUGAAGCUACCAGGAGCACGGCUGCUCUUUUUCACAAGGGUGGGAAUCCACUGCAGGUUAUUCUUGGCAGUUGGUAAAAUUUCUACUAUCAGUAGUUUGCUAAUGCCCAUUUGUACUUCUAAAUUGGCUGAAGAACUGUGAGGAUGAAGUCUCUUACACAAGAAUGCAUCUGAAGUGCAGACCUCAUGCUAACCACUAAUUCACCAUGUUUCCAAAUUGUUUUCCUUUGUUAAAAUUAGAAUUGACAUCAAGUAACUGUCUCAGGCUGCUUUUUUCCCCUCUUCUCAUUACCUCUUCUUUCAUGGUCUCCUCACUUAUUUUUCCUCAAUCACCCACGUUACCAAGACGACACAACAGUUUGGGCAAAAUGAGUUUAUUGCACAGUGCGAGAACUGCCUGACAAAAUACUGGACAAUAAACAAGAACGCAACUAAGAAGAAAAAACUAAUAAAAAAUACAUUGUUUAAAGGUGGGAGUGGUGGGAAGAGAUUACGCCUCGUCUCCGGAUCUGACAAAAGAUGAGACGCUAGGCCACGCGCUAGAUUAUAAAGGAAAUUCGAUAUCUCUAUCACUAGUUAAUUAACCAUCAUUAAUCAAUGAUUACUCAAUUUUCUUGUGUUCUUUUCUUUCUUUAAGAGCAUGCUUGCAUCAUCAUCAUUGUUAUCACCUCUUUCAGAUGGACUGCAGCAUCUAAGACUUCUGAAUGUUAACAGCUGUGUGUAUGUAACCAACAUGAACAAACUUCUUCCUGUGAAAGAAAGUUUGGAAGAGCUGGACAUUGGGAACUGUGUUGCCAUAUCAGAUAUAUCACCACUCUUUGAACUUAAGUAAGUGAAGGUUAUUCUUAUCAGUCACAGACUUAAUUUUAAAUCCUUUGCUAGGUAUGUGAGAAUCAAUGGAUAUCCAAAGACAAUUGUGGUGGGCAGGGCUCCAUGAUAUUAUUCAGUUACAAGAAGGGUUAUGGUGCACAAAAUCUUUGAGGGUACUUACACCUCAAGAUAUAAAAAUGCAAGACUUAGCUAAUAGCAAACCAAAAUAAAUUUAUUUUUUGCUCUCUUCGUAGUGCAUCGACAGUAGGUACCAGAAGUUUUUUUUUAGUAGAAUCAUACUGUAUUUUAUUCUUACUAUUUUUUUCCUUCCUACUCAACUUAUCCUGCUACCUCUAUUCUGAUUUUUUUAAAAUUUUCUGUUUAGAAAAUUGAGAAAACUUGUCCUCACUAACACACCAAAGAUUAAACAAAGAGAGGAAACCAUUGCAUCUUUACAGAAGAGACUGCCUGACUGUGUCAUUGAAGAAUAAACUUUAACAAAUGAAACCCCCAUUUAGCAAUUCAGGGUGUGAAAGAACUGCUGAGAAUGAUAUCAAGAAGUAAGGACAUUAUGAAAAACAUCAAAAGAAAACAAGAAUAAGAAGAGAGAUGCAUUGAAACUCAAAGAAACCUCUCACUUAUGGUCAGCCUCUCUCUCCAACCUGGCUGUCGCAUGAAUCAAAAGAAGUACACAAAAAAUUGAUAAGUUGGCAGAAAGCAAACUUUUGUAAACUUCCUUUAGUACCAACAAACCUAACUUGAAUAGAGAGGCUUUUUUACUGAUUGCCGCAUUGUAUGACUGUGUAACUGUUAUCACAAAAUAGACACAACUUGUGAUGAAAGUCAGCUUUUAUUCUAAUAAAAAUACUUUUUUGUUAUGCACAUUUAGAUGAAGCUCCAUCCAAAUAAUUCAUUAUGUUUCCCUUCAAACUUACUAAACACUUAUCCCAAAUUCUUUUCAAUCACAAUUAUGUUAAUGUUCAUACUUCUAAUCUUCAUAUCUAUUAGAUUUCUCCUCAUUUUUAUGAACUUUUGAUGCAUUUUGUUUAAUACUAAUCUGGGAGCUCUUAAGAGGCUCUGUGUUUCACUGAGAUUCACUCAUGGAGUGAGUGAAUAAUAAUUAAAAACUAUUAUUAAAUAUUAAUUUAGAACACUAAUGAGCACAAGUGAGAGAGAGAAAUACUAUAAUAGCAUUCUUGAGAAAACUGAAUUCAACAAGUUUUUGGAACAAUUUUAUCCCAAGGAAGGUGUAGACAUUCAUGUCAAUACCAAAAGGAUUUCUUUCCAUUUACUCAACAUGCUCCUAUGUUCCUAAAAUUUUCUUCCUCAGCUAAUGUGCAAUGUUCUUUCAGUGUCCUUAAGAUUCAAGAUCUCCUUCAUGGACAACUACUUUCCCAUGGGCAUAAUGUUUCCUUUGUCAAUUUUUGUUCCAUUCUUCAAAGCAUCCAGUAUCUUUAUUGCAUAACAAACAGACUAGAUACAGAUUUUAAACACUGAAAACAGCUCCAUGUGCCACAGGCUAAUCAUACUCAAGUUUAGAAUUCUGAAAAAAAAAUAGUAAUAACAAAAAAAGGAAAUUGAGUGAUGUUGAACUACAAAUUUAUUGGAUCAUAGAGAAAUGAAUCUCCAAGAACCAAACCAUUUUGUAAAGAAUAAACCCUUAAGAAAGUAAUUCUGGAUUUUUCAAUAAGAACCAGUGAUGUAACAGUCAGCAAAAACAUGCUAAUCCACCAAAAUAUAAGUAAUUACAUGUUGAUGACUUAACACAGCCUGGACAAUUAAGGUGGCUCAAAUUGGUUUCACCAUAGGAUAGUUAUUGUAGCUUUUCACUCUAUUUGUUUCCUUAGAAAUUGUAUCAAUGAAAAUAAAAGCCAAG